AUGCAAUUGAUCCAAGGUCAGCAACAAAUGAUGCAAGCGCUCAUGGCAGCACUACCACAGUUAAAUGCAAAUCCACUACCGCCACCACCUCAAGGGAACGCAAUGCCACCGCAACAACAGCAGGCAGCGCAACAGCCUGUGGCGCCACAACCGCAGCCACCGCAGCCACCGCAGCCACCGCAACAACAACCUGUGGCACCACAACAGCCAGCGGCGCAACAACAACAACCUCAUGCGGCGCAGCAACAGCCGGCAGCGAUGGCACCACCAGUGGUGCAACAACCAGGACCAGUGCAAAACCCUUUGCCUCCACCGAAUGAAGACGGCCUUGAUGCCUAUCCCCGUGGCAUAAUACCACUGGACCUCAAGAACAAACUCGAACUAGGCCUCUACAACCAGGCAAAGCAACCACUUUCAAACAAGUUCGAUGGCACAGACCUGUCCCGCUUGAUCAAGAACAUACAAGGCCGCUGUACCCUCAUGCACUGCCUUCCUAUUUUUGACGUUACUGAAAAUGCAAUGACCCAAAAUUUGCUGUCAAAAUACGGCGAGAUUUCCCUUGUUGCAACGCAAGCCGCUGCAACAAGCCGAUGGAGGACGAACACCUAUUUCCGCCAGGCGAGUUACGCCCUAGGGAUGUGUCUUCUGGAUUCUGUAUCAAACGAAUUCAAGCAGCGUCUGGAACAACGUGAAGACGAUUAUGUUCAGAUUAGGGGCCGUUGCGACGGACCCAAGAUUUUCAAGAUCAUCUGCAAUCUGACCUCUCCAUCCAAUCGGAGGACGAUUCAAUUCCUAAUUAACGACCUACAAACUUUGUCCCCGAUCGAGCAUGGCAACAGCAUCAUCCUUUUUAAUCAACGUUUCAACGAAAUUAAGGCCAAGACCCAAGCUAUGGGAGGCUCCUCUAGCUUAAACGAAGUCAUGACCUACAACGCCCUUGCGCAAGGAUACAAUCAAGUUGAUCAAGACGAAUUCAGGGCCUUUAUGUCAAUCAAGAACAACAUGCCCGAAAUACCGCACGAAGACCUCAUGAAGGAAGGAGAGACCAAGUACAACAAUCUUGUCUCAGAGGGUCUCUGGCACCUCCCCUCACAGAAACAACAGAUCAUGUCCCUUUUGGCUAGCCAGGCAAAGGACAAGAGGGAGAUUAUUAAGGACUACACCGCAAAAAUCCAAAAAUUUGGGAGCAAGCGAUAG